AUGGCGAUGAGAGCGAAGGGAAUGGGAGGAGGUGAGAGCACGAGCAGCAGGAGAGAGGAUCGUGCCGAGACACGCGGCAGGGCAGGGGAUGGAGAGUCGACGUGGAAGGCAAGAGGAUCAAGGUCGACAUCGGACUUGAUCUGGGACGAGUUGCAGCAGCUGAAGGGGACGAGGGUGGAGGAGGCGGAAGUGAGAGCAAGAGAUGUCGUCGAUUUCACCAACGAGCCCGUUCACAGCUACAGGCAGAAAUACAGCGAUGGAGAUGCCAAGGGCACUAGCUACAGCAGCUCUGUUCUACAUGCCUUGGAUGCAAAUGUAAACAGCUCGUUGAAGUAUUAUUCGAUGCAAGACGAGCUCAACAAGAUAGACCUUGACAACAUCAAAGAGCAGAACAGAAAGCUCAUCGACGACUUGAACAGAGCUCUCAACAGACCCUCAGCUGAUAUCAAGACAAACAGCGUCUUGAGCGGGUACGAGCACACAAUCCAGUCAAGGGCGAGCUCGGCUAAGACAGAGGGCAACGAGGUUAUCAGGGUCACCUUGACUGUUUGCGGUCUUGAUGCUGAGAGUUUCAUGAGGUCGUCGGUCCACGAGUUUUCCCAGGGGGUGGCGAAGAGCCUUUCGCUGCCCAUCCACGCCAUCUUUGUUUCUUCGGUGGACCCCGACGAGGGCGGCUGCUUCAAAGUCCGACUGAACGUGUUCUUCUCGAGGGAGGGGAGCCCUAGAGAUGUCUUCGAUGCUAUCAGAAAGAUGUGCCAGGAGAAACCUCCCUACCUGCUGCUCGAGCGUGAGAUCCAGAUCUUGAUACCUCCCCUCUGUGUUCAGAGCUUGCAAGCGGAGCUGCUGCGUGAAGGCUCCUCCCAGCCACUCUCUGAGAUCUUUGCCUCUCGAUACUCUCCGCUGAACGAGACGAGAGGCUUGUCACAGCACCUGGAGACAGACAGGUCGAAGAAGCUGCUGCAGGAGUACAAGGAGAGCCUGACCAACCUGACGCAUCGAGAAGUGAUUCAUUGCAACUCGAGGGAAGAGCUCAUCAACUUCAUCGGUCACUGGGCGAAGCAGGAGAGCAGGAAGCAGAUCAAAGAGGACAUGAGGAUGUGCAAGAAUCUCAAGUGCGUCACGAGCAUGCUCAGCAACAGGCGCGCGAUCAUCGCUCUCGAGCACGUGAUUGCUCUCAGCUUCCUCCACCGCCAGAAGCUUGUGGCGUACCUGGAUCAGCCGGAGCUGAGCAGCUUCACCCGCGGCUCUUUGAGGGACUUGCAGACAGACGAUGCGACGGACGAGGACCUUCUCUUCUAUCAGGAGCAGCAGGAGAGGAAGAGAGCUGCUUACUCCUUCAGAGGGAGCCAACCGGAGAAGCCCAAGCCUCGGGACCCUCCCCCUUCAGCUGUCUCCGAGCCGUCCUCCACAUCCUUCGCUCCUCUGACGAGCCUGUCAGGGCCUGGCAGGACACCGAAGAACGUGUCAUGGGCGAGAGAUCCGCAGGUGACGAUGAGUAGCAUCCUUGAGGAGGUGAUCCACCCUACUCGUUCCGGGGGAAGCGACAAGGGCCAAGGAGCGUUCGGGGCAGAGCAGGAGGAUGUGGAAGGGAAGGAUGCUCUGAUGAUGCAGCGGCUGCCCGGGCACGAGGCCAGCUCAGCCUAUCCUCCUUCUCGAGCUCUCCUUCAGCGACAGAAAGCGCUUCCAGCCCUCCAGGUCCACUCGGAUGACGACGGGAGUCUGGGCAAGCGCUCUUCUCCUCCUCCGGAAGGAGCCUCUCCCCUCACUGCUUCCGAGGCCUCUCCGCACGUUCCCCUGUCAAACCCCGUGCGCAUCGAGUGCCAGCAGCUGGGAAUCGACCUUAUCCGAUCCUCCGACGGCCGACUCGUCGUCCUCGACAUCGCCGACGGCAGCCGCACCAGUGGCCUGAAGCUCGGGGAAGAAGUGACGUCUCUUCCCCGGAAGGUCUUGGAGGCGCCGAGCUCAAGGGAGAUGAAGGAAGCUAUCUCCAGCUACAUCCUCCUGGAGACUCUCGAGGCCUCCUACGAGUCCCACAACCCCUUCCUCGUCUUUCUCGUCCUCCGCGAAGAGCAGCCGGGGCCCUCUCUCCCCACUCCCUCCUCCUCCUCCUCCUCCUCCUCCUCCUCCUUCCCUCUUGUCAAAGUUGUCGUGCACCUCCCUAAGGGCAAGAUCAAAGAUCUUGGUAUCCACAUCCGCAGGGGGAAGUUCUCAGCUGCGGUCGUCUCCAGCUGCGACCCGGGCAGCCCCGCGGCCUCUGCUGGGCUCUGUGUCGGGGAUCUGAUCGUGGGUCUUGGGCAGCGGAAGGUGAAGGAACUCUCGGAGGAAGACGUCGUGCACUCUUUCAAGGAGAGCACGAAGGGCUUUCACCUGCUGGGGGCCAGGCGGGAGGGGGUGGAACACUGGCUGCUCCUGCUCAAGGAACCGACGGGCCGCUCGUCCCUCGGGCAGAUCGAGCGGACGUUUUCUACCUCCUCCCUCCGGAUCGAGAACCCUCUCGAGUCCUUGUCCAGGGCCAUGUCAGCCGCCGGGGCCGCCGCGUCCUUCGGCGGCUCCAUGCUCAGCAGGGCCUCGUCAACGGCCUCCUCCUUCCCUGCUGUCCGGCUGAGCAGAGCCUUCUCGGAGACGUGGAGGAGGGCGGCUGCGGGGCAGAAGGUGCAGGUGCUGGUGGCGCGAGGAGACAAGGGAGUCAAGAGCUUCGAGCUCGAGGCAGGAGGAGGAGAGCUGGGAAUGCAGCUGCACAGCAACGAGCAGGGGACGAGGAUCAAGUGGAUCAAGCAGGGGGGGAUCGGGUACCAGAGCGGCCUGCGGGAGGGGGACAGGCUGCUGGCGGUGAACCUGAUGGCGGAGGAUGAUGAUGAGGAGAACAGGAGCCAGGCGUCCUUCAACCAGCUCUGA